CGAAAAUGGUUCUUCGAGUCAUGUACGUGAUUGAAUUGAUGGAGGCUGAAGAAGGAGGCAUCGAGCUAGUUGACCCCUCUUGGUGUCCAGAGGAAGGUCCCCCACGCCGUAAAGUAAAAUCACCUCCAGUCAUCUCUCCAACUGGUUCAUCUACAUCAUUAUACAGUGGGGGAAGUAGCCAACUUGAAUGGCAAACAACAGGUACAGCUUUGGAAAUGCAAGGAACCAAAGUCACACGUACUCAAUAUGGAUUUCGUACAUUACAAGAAUCUUCUGCUAAAAUGUACAAAGAUAAUGUUUUGGUCCGAGAAGAUGACCGCCAUACAUUUUAUGCCGAUGAAGACGGAUUCUUCGCUUUAACAAUAGAUCCAGUUCAAACUGGCGAUACUGGAAGAUAUACUUGUGUAGCUACUAAUGAAUAUGGACAAGCUAGCACUUCAGCUUUCUUUCGAGUUUUAAAAGUAGAAAAAGAAUCAGCAUCUCCUGAUUUUGUUAAAAUGUUGGAACCAUCAGAUAGGAGUUGUAAAGAGGGGGAUGUUGUUGAUUUUGAAUGCCAAGUUAGUGGAUGGCCUGAACCUGAACUUCUUUGGCUAAUGGAUGGACAGCCGUUAAGGCCCUCACAUGAUUUUCGAAUUCAGUAUGAUGGCCAACGAGGAACAUUACAAAUCCGGGACGCUCAACCAGAUGAUACUGGCACGUAUACAGUACGCAUUACAAAUGAUUACGGUGUGGCGGAAACACGAUGUCGGCUGGAGGUUCAGUCGGAUCCAGAUAGAAACCAUGUUUCUCCAGAAUUUCAAGCUGUCCUCGAAGAUGCAGAUUGUAAUGAAGGGGAUACUGUGAAGUUUAAAGCAAUUCUUACUGGUGAUCCAAACCCUGAAGUGGUUUGGUACAUUAAUGGAAUUCCUCUUACUCAAUCAGAAAAGGUUCAAUUCAUUAGCGAAGAUGGCAUUUGUAUAUUAACUGUUAAAGACGUAAAUCGUCACCAAGAUGGGACUGUUACUUGUCAAGGAAAGAAUCGUCUCGGUUCAAGCAGUUGUGAAGCAAGACUGAGGGUCCGUGUACUACCUCUCCCUCCAUACUUUGAACGUCCCUUAGAGGAUAGAAUGAUUACUGAGAAUGGAGCUGUUAUGUUUGAGUUGGAUGUUGUUGGGUAUCCUGAGCCAAAAGUAGAAUUCUUCUUAAAGGGCCGUCCAUUAAUUGACGGAGUUGGAGGAGUAGAAAUCCGACAGCUUGAGGGCAAUUAUCGCCUCACAAUCCCUGAUUGUAAGAUUGACUCACACGAUGGAGAGUUGCUCUGCCGGGCGCAAAAUGACCACGGACAGGCAGAAAGUCGUGCCAGAUUAACUGUUGAACCUGAGGAGGAAGAAAGCAGGAGUGCCCCUACUUUUACUGUUAAACAUGGUGAACACGCUAUAUUUGAAGCAAUUGCCCGUGGUUCUCCACUCCCUGUUCUCAGUUGGUUCAUCAACGGCAAUAAAUUGGAUGCUCAAACUCAAGGAGUAAUUUCUAUUGAAUCAACCGGAGAGGGAACUGGACAAAAAAUAACAUUAGAUUCAGCACAUUGGGCUGGCACUAUUUUGUGCAGAGCUGAGAAUGCAAUUGGACGUUUCGAAACAAAAGCUAGAUUAAUUGUUCUACCCCCUGAACGACGAAAACAACCACCCGUCUUUCGCAAACCACUUACUGAUAAAACAGAAAAUGAAGGGGAUUCUGUCGUUUUUGAGGUCUGUGUUGAUCCUGAAGCUUUGGUUAAUAAAUUUAUUUGGCGCCUGAAUGGGGUUGAAUUGAAUAAUGGUGAUAAAGAAGGGAGAAUAAUUUUGAGCCAGACUGAUGGAGGGAUUGGCCGUUUGGAAAUUAAUAAAUGCCGCUUAGAGGAUGGUGGCACUAUUGAGUGUGUUGCUGUUAAUACUGAGGGCGAAACUUCCACUUCUUCCAAAUUUAGUGUCACCGUAGGACCGCCGACUAAAAAAGGCCGUUUUGAUGGUGGUGAGGAAGAAUCUGAAGCUAGUAGUUUGAUAACUAAAGUUGAGAAUAUCCCUCCUGUUACUAUUGUUGUUGGUGAUCAGAAGGUUUUGGCGACAGAAGGAGAACCAAUGGAAGUUCAAUUUUAUGGUGGCCUAAAGCCUACUUUUACCAAAGGACUUGAAGGAGCUGUUUUAGAAUGCCGCCCCGGUGAUAAUCUAAUUGCUGAGGUUGAGGUGUCUGAUGCACAAACAAUUAAAUGGUUUAAGAAUAAUAUACCUCUUGAGGAUGGAAAAGAAGGAAUUUGUAUAGAACAAUCGCCUGGUCGUAGUCGACUUAUCAUUCCAAAUAUUCAAAUAGGCCAAAAUGGACAAUUAAAAGUCGAGGCAGAAAAUGAGAAUGGAAAGUCUGAGAGUGAUGGACAAGUUAGAAUAUUAGUUGAGAAUGGUCAAGGCUCAACAGCUAACGUGCCAGUACAAAUACGGAAGCCCUUAACAGAUAUAACGGUAAUAGAGAAUGACACUGCCGAGUUUCGCGCAUCAGUCAUUGGCACUCCAACACCAAAUAUUCGUUGGCUCCUCAAUGGUACACCAGUUGAGGGAGGAGAUGAGAAUAUUCAAAUAACCAGUCGUCAAACUGGAGACCAAACUGAACAUACACUUCGAAUACCAAGAACAACUAUUUCUGCUCAUAAUGGGGCUAGAGUUGUUUUGAGAGCCACUCAGGAUGGACAAGGGGAUGGAGUACAAUCCGAGGCUAAUAUCCAUGUGCAUGCACGUGUACCUGGCCCUCCAUACUUUAGUAGACAGCCUCAGGAUCAUGAUGUUUAUGAUGAUGUAGAGUCAGUCAAAUUUAGUGCUAUUGUGCAUGGAGAGCCUGUUCCGACUGUGACUUGGUCUUUGAAAGGACAAGUUCUCACUGCCAGUGAUCAACUCCGAAUUAGGCAUGACACUAGUACCGGGAAAACUUCAAUUAGAAUAUUCCACCCACGCGCUGAUACACACACGGGUGAAAUACGUGUUCUUGCUGAAAAUAUCCAUGGAGCUACUGAAGCUUUCGCUAAUCUUUUGGUUCAACCAAAGGCUGAUCUGCCUCGUUUUCUUACAGAUAUGGAUGAUAAACUAGUUCCUGAAGGGGCCGAUAUAAAAUUCAUUGUUCGUAUUGAAGAAACUGUGCCUCCAGCUGAGGUGCAAUGGACUUUGAAUGGAAAACCGUUGAGUGAUGGAGACAAUAUUCGAAUAACCAAAGAAGGCAAUAAUCACAUUCUCGAAAUCACUAACGUUAAAAAAGAACAAGCAGGGGAGUGUGCUUGUAUUGCAAAAAAUUCUGCCGGAACUAAGCGUCAGAAUUCACAAUUGGCUGUUAAAGAAGUUGGAGUACCUCCUACAUUUGCUCGAAAUUUGGAAGAUCGUCUUAUGGAUGAUCAACAAACGUUGGUUUUAGAAGCCCAAUUAGCCUCGGGUGUCAGACCCGAACCAACGGUUAAAUGGUUCCGCGAUGGUGUUGAACUACAGUCUAGUGAACGUGUUAAACUUGUUGAGGAGGGAGAUAUUGACCAUAGGGUUUACAGAAUGACAAUUUUACGGAUCGAAAUGGCUGACAAAGGCCGAAUCACUAUACAAGCAGAAAACCAAUUCGGCAAAUGCGAGUGUACCGCCAAUGUUGGCAUUCAAAGACGUCAGUCCUUAAGGAAGCCUCAAUUUCUCUCUGAACUGGGUCCUAUUACAGUUACAGAAGGCGAUACGCUAAAUGCUAAGGUGAUCAUAAGUGGAGAUCCUACACCUUACACUAAAUGGUACAUCAACAAUCAAAUGGUCUACCAAACAGAAGAUACAGAAAUGGUACACGAAUCAGGCGUUUACACACUUAAGAUCCAUGGGUGUACACGUGAUAUGACUGGCACAAUUCGUUGUGUUGCUGGCAAUAAAAUGGGAGAGGCUAUUAUUGAGGGAAAAUUGGUAGUCGUUGCUCCAGUACCCGUGGAGUUUGAGACUGGUUUAUGCGACGCAACCUGUCGUGAGGGUGAUACGCUUAGACUUAAAGCUGUUCUCCUCGGAGAACCAAUGCCCGAAGUUUCGUGGUUUAUUAAUGGGAAUAAAUUAGUGGAAAGCCAAAACUGUAAAAUCACAACAAUUGGAACAACAUACACCGUCUUAAUUAGAAAUAUUACACAAGACUAUGCUGGUAGCGUUGUUUGUGAGGCUGUUAAUGAGUUUGGAAAGGCCUCCUCACAAGCAACAUUAAGAGUUUUACCACGAGGUGAACCUCCUGAUUUUAUUGAAUGGCUUAGCAAUGUGCGGGCACGUCAAGGAUCUGAGGUUAUACACAAAGUCGUUUAUACCGGAGAGCCUCGCCCAGCUAUUAGUUGGUUCAUUAAUAAUCAGGAAAUUGUUAGUAGCACUGAAGAGAUAAUUAUUACAACAACUGAGAACACUUCAACCCUAACUAUACGUUCGUUUAAUCCCGAAAGGCAUGUUGGAGAAAUUAUUUGUAAGGCUGAAAAUGAUGCUGGAGAAGUAUCUUGUACAGCAAAUAUGGCUACCUAUACUUCCGAUAUGUUCACCGAAUCUGAAAGCGGUUCCCAAGUUGAGGAACGUUUGGAAGAGGAUUUGAUGGAAACCAUGAGAACUUCAACCCCCAUAAUGGCACCAGCCUUUAUUACAAAAAUAAAGGAUACAAGAAUUCAACGUGGACAUCAAGCAAUAUUUGAAUGUGUUGUGCCUGACACUAAAGGCGUUUGUUGUAAAUGGUUACAUGAUGGAAUGGAGAUUGAAUUAAUUGCUAGAAUCAGAGUUCAAGUACAAACAAUUGAAGGAUUUACAACUUCUGAAUUGGUUAUUGAUGCAGUAGAACCUGAAGAUGCUGGAAAAUAUACAGUUAUUGUUGAGAAUGAAGCGGGGAGGGCACAAUGUGAAGCUGAAUUGACUGUCGUUGAAACAAUGGACAAACCUGUCCAGAUGCCACCCGAUUUUAGCAUCAAAUUGCAGGACAAAUCUGUUCCUCUCACUGAAAGGGUUACAUUUGAGUGCAAAGUUACUGGAUUACCCGAGCCACAAAUUGGUUGGCUUCAAGAUGGAAAACCUUUGGAUUCUUUGCCUGGAGUGCGCACUGAAAGCGAUAAGGGCAUCCAGCGUUUAAUAAUUGAAAGUGUGGAGAGAGUCCAUGAAGCUUGUUAUACUUGUACUGCUGAAAAUGUGAUUGGAAAGGCUGAAACUUCUGCGAAUCUCCGCGUUGAAACAAUGGCACCCGUAUUCACUCGUCCCCUAACCGAUCUACAGGCACAAUUGGGCGGUCAAGCAGUUUUAGAGUGCCAUGUUAAGGGAAUUCCACAGCCAACAGUUGAAUUUUACUCAGCCCAUGACAAUUUCCGCAUUCAGACUGGCACUCGAGUUAGUAUUCAACAUGAUGCUACCAACAUACAAUGGAGAAUGGUUAUUAAAGAAAUGCAGCAAGGUGAUUUCCGCACUUAUCGAGCAGUUGCUCGAAAUGAGAUUGGACAAGUUCAAUGUGAAGCCAAAAUUGUUGAACAAGAGACUAGUUUGGAACGCCCUCGCAUUAUUGAACCAUUAAAACGUUCUCGAGUUCGUGAGGGUGAAACAGUAGAAAUGGGUGUUCGAGUAGCUGGUGGUCGGCCAGGAAUGCCCUUAGAAGUUGAAUGGUUCAAGAAUGGAACACCUCUAGUACCAGCAGAUCAACGUGUUCGGCUAGUUGAAUAUAGAGAUAGUGGAGAGUUUAAACUUAUUAUAGAAGAUGCGCGUAUGGAAGACGCUGGAGACUAUGGAAUUCAAAUUAGCAAUCAAGCUGGUAAAGAUAGUAGCCAUGCACAAUUAGCUGUAGAUAAAAAAGAAGAAUUACAAAAAGCACCAGAAUUUACUCAGCCAUUACGGGAUGUAUCCAUUCGUGAGACUGAAACCGUUGUUUUAACCUGCACAGUUUCUGGCGAACCAAAACCGCAAGCUCAAUGGAGUUGUGAUGGAAAGCCUGUAAAUGAUGAUGGACAACGCAUCAGAAUUAUUAGUGAAACAGUAGAUGAGAUACAAGAACGACAUUCUGUUACUAUUACUACUUCAACACCUUCAGAAUCUGGCCUUUAUACUUGUAAGGCAGUCAAUCCAGCAGGAGAAGCUGAAACACGUGGACGUUUAACAGUUCGUGAGGAUUUGGCCCCUCCUGUUUUUACCGAACUUUUGCGUGAUGUACAAAUUCGGGAACGUGAAACAGUAACAUUUUCGGUUACUGUAGAAGGAAGACCAACACCACAAAUUCAAUGGCUUAAGGAUAGUCAAACAAUUCAAUUCGAUACUCGAAUUGUUCAACAAGAAAUUGAUGAACAAAGAGGGCAUUAUGUUGUUCAGUUAAAAGAUGCUUUAAUCACCGAUACUGGUUUUUACAGUUGCCAGGCAACAAAUAAAGCUGGGCAAGCGAAAACCGACAGUCGUGUAACUGUUGAGGAAUUGUUGGAAACUCCUAAAUUUACGGAAGGUUUGCGACCAGUGGAAGUACGUGAAGGUGAUUCAGCAACAAUGUCAGUGAUGGUUAGUGGAGUACCUACGCCAGAAAUAUUUUGGUACAAAGAUGGAUCUCCAGUUGAAAUUGACGGACAACACAUAAUCCGACGUGAUUCAGAUAAUCAACACAGCUUAUCCAUUCAAAAUGCCACUCUCCGCAAUUCUGGUACAUAUACAUGUCAAGCAAAAAAUAAGGCUGGCCAAUGCGUAACACAAGCACAGCUUGGAGUAAUAGAACAGCUAGAAGCUCCCAAAUUUGUUGAUGGCUUAAAACCAAUCGAAGUAAAGGAAGGCGAAACUGCCAAAAUGUCUGUCCAAGUGGAUAGUAAGCCGGCACCUAAAGUUCAGUGGUUUAAAGACGGACAACCCGUUAAUGUUGAUGGCGUUCAUAUAGUCGCUACAGACGAUGGGCAUGGGAAGCACGAAUUAAUAAUUAAAGAUGCCAAAAAUAAUGAUGCUGGAACUUAUACCUGUAAAGCAUCUAAUAAGGUUGGAGAAGCAGAAUCUCAGGCAAAGUUUGCUGUUAUUGAAGAAUUGGAAGCACCCAGAUUUGUUGAUGGGCUUAAACCUGUUGAAGUCAAAGAAGGAGAAACAGCUAAAAUGUCAGUUGAAGUAACUGGAAAGCCUGAACCAGAAGUUCAAUGGAACAAAGAUGGAUGGCCUAUUCAAGUUGACAAUGUUCACACUAUUGUUAAAGAUGAAGGGAAGGGCCAACACAGUUUAACAGUAAAAGAUGCCAAUACAGCAGAUGCUGGAACCUAUUCGUGCAAAGCAACUAAUAAAGUUGGGAUGGCUGAAACACAGGCAAAAUUUGGGGUUAUAGAAGAUUUAGAAGCGCCAGAAUUUACUAAAGGAUUAACCCCUGUUGAAGUAAAAGAAGGGGAAACGGCAAAAAUGUCUGUUGAAGUGAAGGGUAAACCAUUGUCACAAGUUCAAUGGUUUAAGGAUGGACAGCCUGUUCAAGUUGAUGGAAUUCAUGUAGUUGCUACAGAUGAUGGGCAUGGAAGACACGAACUAAUAAUUAAGGAUGCGAAGAAUUCUGAUGCAGGAACAUAUAGUUGUAGAGCAACAAAUAAGGCUGGCUCUGCCGAAACUCGAACCAAUUUCGCAGUUAUAGAAGAACUGGAAUCUCCAAGGUUUAUUGAUGGACUUAAACCUGUUGAAGUAAAGGAAGGCGAAACAGCUAAAAUGUCAGUUGAAGUUACAGGAAAGCCUGAACCAGAAGUUCAAUGGAACAAAGAUGGAUGUCCUGUUCAGGUUGAUAAUGUCCACACAAUUGCCAAAGAUGAAGGGAAGGGCCAACACAGCUUAACAGUAAAAGAUGCAAAUCUUGCUGAUGCUGGGACCUAUACUUGUAAGGCAGUGAAUAAAGCAGGACAAGCUGAGACUCAGGCCAAAUUUGGAGUUAUCGAAGACGUUGAAGCUCCAAAAUUUACAGAACCACUUAAAGAGCUUACAGUCGAACCUGGACAAAAUGUAGUCAAUCUUGAAUGUACAGUACAAGGAAAGCCUGAACCUGAAAUCCGUUGGACUCGAAAUGGGGAACCAAUAUAUAUGGAUGGAGUCCACGCUGUUGCUAAAAAGGAUGAUAAAGGGCAUCACACUUUAACUAUCUCUAAUGCACAAAAAGAAGAUGCUGGAGUUUAUAAAUGUGAAGCUAUUAAUAAAGCUGGAAGGGAUGAAACUAGUGCUCCUUUAAAAUUCCCAACAGAACAUGUAGUGGAACCAAUGAAGGAAGGACAGGUUCAACCAAUAUUUACACGAAAACUAGAGCCACAAACAGUGAAGGAGGGUGAAAGCGUGGAGAUGAGUUGUCAAGUUAACGCAACUGAAUCAAAACCAGAAAUUCAAUGGUUUCAUGACGGCCGACAAAUCUCCCCACAAGCUUCACCAAAUAUCCAAAUGGAGCAAUCUGUAGAUGGCACUUUGCGAUUGCGCAUUCUUCAUGCCACAAAAGACGAUGUUGGGGAGUAUCGUUGUGAAGCUGUCAAUCCUGUUGGAAAGGCUGAAACAAGCGCUCCUCUUCGAUAUGCCCAACAAGUUGCAAUUGAACAACCAAUGGAAGAAACUUUACUUUCUUGGCGUCGACAACUACAAGAUCAACAAGUUCAGAAAGGAACAACAAACGUUGUGUUUGAAUGUGAAUUGGCACCUACUGCUGCUAGAGGGAUACGCUUUGACUGGCUCAAGGAUGGUGCAAUUUUAGCUAAUAAAUUAUUGCAAUAUGCUCUACGAAUUGAGCAAAGCCCAGAUGGGUUUACUCAGCGAUUAAUUUUCGAAUGUGCUCAAUUCGAUCACAUUGGCGUUUAUCGGUGUGUUGCUACAGAUGUUAAUGGCAAUCAAAUUUGGACCGAGGCUAGACUUGGAGUUAUUGCGCCAGCCGAAGGAGGUGAGAUGGCACCCGGACCACCCGAAUUUGUAGAACUUCUCAAAUCUGCAACAACAACAAUAGGGGGAACUGUUGUACUUCGUUGUAAAGUGAAAGGAUUUCCUCGGCCUACAAUCACUUGGAGUAGACAAGGCUAUGGCCCUGUAACAGCAACAGAUCGUAUAAGCAUGGAAUAUCAUGAUGAUGGAACAAUUAUUUUAACGAUUAAAAAUGCCGAAAUGGAGGAUACUGGUGAAUAUCGCUGUGAUGCUGAAAAUGAGUAUGGAACUGCUUGGACUGAGGGCCCGAUUAUUGUUGCUGCAGAGGGUAGUUUACCAAUUGAUGGAGAGGCACCUGAUUUUACUGAGCCAAUACGCCCUAUUACUGUCCGUGUUGGUGGCACUGGAAUUCUUGAAGGCAAAGUUACAGGACUUCCUUUCCCAGAAAUCAAAUGGUACAAGGGUGAUCAGCUUCUCGUUCAAGGGGCAAAUCCCCGAUACCGUAUCGAGGCACAUCCUGAUGGAACACAGCGACUAGUUAUCAGUGAUGCACAACUUGGGGAUAUGGAUGAUUAUCGCUGUGAAGCUAGCAAUAAAUACGGGGACGUUUGGAGUGAUGUGACAUUAACUGUUUCAACCCACACCCCUGAAGUUUCCGAAAUGCAAGGGCCAACUGCACCCUCAUUCGUUAAACCUCUACAGGAGGUUCAUGCUCAAGAGGGUGCACCUGCUGAGUUGGAAUGUGUUGAUGGUGAACCAAUUGAUGCUGGGGAUGUUCAUUUCAAACAAACUCUUUUCCCUGAUGGCACGGCACGCCUAACACUUCCUGCGGCACGCAUUACCGAUGCUGGCCAGUUCCGUUGUGAAGCAACUAAUCCAUCUGGGAAAGCAUCAACUGAGGCUCCUCUUCGUGUAGUUUUAGCAGAAAAAAUGCCUGAAAUUCCGAAGGAAAUGGUGCCAGAAUUUGUUGAACAACUUAAACCUGUACAGGCUAAGGAAGGAGAAGAACCCUUCUUUGAAUGUAAAAUACAUGGAACUCCAAAACCUGAUGUUAAAUGGUACAAGAAUGGCCGAGAACUUGGACCAGAUGAUGGGAAAGUUGAAUCAUUACCAGAUGGCACACAACGCCUUCAUUUGCCUCCAGUCGGCCCCAACGAUGAUGGAAAUUAUUACGAAUGUGUAGCAACAAAUCCAGCAGGGUCUGCUAGAUCUGGAGCGCCACUAACUGUUAUUCCAUCCGUUAAAGAGACACCUCCAACAUUCAAACGUGGCCUACAAGAUCAGAACCUUCCUAAGGGCUCUCCUCUAGUUCUGGACGUAGAAGUCGAUGGAAAACCAACGAAUAUUCAAUGGUUCAAAGAUGGACGUCCAUUAGGCCCUGGUGAAGAUUUGGGCAAUGGACAUUAUCGUUUAAUGGUUCCCGAACUCAAAGAUGACGGGGACUUUGGCAAGUAUUCCGUACAAGUUUCAAAUGGAGCUGGUUCGGCCGACAGCGCCGCUGCUGUUACUGAAGCUGAAUCAAAACCAGAAAUCGUCAAAGGUCUAUUGCCUGUAAGCGUUCGAUCUGGCGAACCUGCCAAAUUCGAAGUCCAAGCUCGUGGACCUGUUAGAACCGUUAAAUGGUACAAGAACGGAAAGGAAUUGGAAAAUCCUGUAGUUGAAGAGGACAAAGCUGCUGGAAUUUAUCGUCUGAUUAUACCAUCAGCUAAUGAAGAUGAUCAAGGGGAUUACAAGGUUGUAUUAUCCAACAAUGCUGGAGAAGCAGAUUCCUCUGCCCCACUUACAGUACUCCCUCCUGCACUUCCUCCUCUAGGCUUUGUCCGUCCUCUAACAGAUCAACAAGUGCCAAAAGGCCAAACUGCAGUCCUAGAAAUCGAAACUAACAGAGCUCCUAAAAUAGUAAAAUGGUAUAAAAAUGGUGAAGAAUUAAAGCCCGGACAAGUGAAAGCACAGCCAAAACAGAUAUCUGAUACUAAAUUUAAACUAGAGAUUCCUGAUGCUGAUGAAAUUGAUGCAGCUAAUUAUUCGGUCAAAGUCUUUGACAAAGAAGACGAACCGGGUGCCGAUUCUAGCUGCCAACUUAGAGUUUUACUUCCAGCUGAAAAGCCUGGUUUUAAAAGACCUUUGCGAGAACAAACAAUUCCGGAAGAGGAUGAAUUAUUACUUGAAGUUGAAACUAUUGGGAAGCCUCACAUUGUUAAAUGGUUUAAAAAUGGCCAAGAAGUUUCUCCAUCGAAUCGUAUCAAAAUUGAGCAAUUGGGGCCUGAUCAAAUCCGUCUUACUAUCCCUUCUGCUCUAAGAGAUGAUUCUGGGCUUUAUUCUGUCGAGAUUGAAAAUGAUGCUGGAAAGGCUAAAUGUGAAGCUAAACAAAUUGUUGAACCCUUCCCAGAAUUUAUUAAACCACUCAAGGAUUUGGAAGUUGAUGAAGGUGCGGUGGCGGAAUUUAUGUGUGAAACUAAUUUAAGAAGCUUGCCACGAGUUGUUAAAUGGUUUAAAAAUGGAAGUGAGAUCAUAGCAAAUGAUAGGAUCCAAAUAAUCUCUGAACCGAAUAUUGGAAUAUUCAAAUUAAUUAUUAAAUCAGCCAUAAAAGAAGAUAUUGGAACAUACAAAAUUCUUCUAGAAAAUACUGCUGGAAAGGCAGAAAGUUCUGCUCAGCUAGGUGUGCGAUCCUUAGCAAAAGUACCAGGAUUUGAACAACCCCUUCGUGAGCAAACAAUUCCUGAGAAGGAUCAGCUUGUUUUGGAGGUUAAGACUACUGGAAAGCCAACUUUGGUCAAAUGGUACAAAAAUGGCCAAGAAUUAUUGCCAUCAGACCGCAUUCGAAUGGAACAAUUAGGGCCUGAUCACUUCCGUCUUAUCAUUCCUUCUGCUUUAGCUGAUGAUUCUGGUCUCUAUUCUGUAGAAAUUGAAAAUGAUGCUGGAAAGGCUAAAUGUGAAGCUAAACAAACUGUUGAACCCUUCCCAGAAUUUAUUAAACCACUCAAGGAUUUGGAAGUUGACGAAGGUGCUGUGGCAGAGUUUAUGUGUGAGACUAAUUUGAGAAGUUUGCCACGAGUUAUCAGAUGGUUUAAAAAUGGAACUGAGAUCAUUGCUGAUGAUAGAGUACAAAUAAUCUCUGAACCGACUACCGGCAUCUUCAAAUUAAUUAUUCGUUCUGCCAUAAAAGAAGAUAUUGGAUCAUAUAAGAUUCAGCUAGAAAAUUCUGCUGGAAAAGCUGAAAGUUCUGCACAAUUGUCUGUUCGCCCUCUCAAGAAACUAGAACCUCCUAAAAUUGUAAAAGCUCUGCUUGAUCAGAUCGUUGCUGAAGGAGAGCCUCUAACAUUUGAGGUCCAAAUACAGGGAGAUGUUGAUGAGAUUAAAUGGUUAAAGGAUGAAUUUCCUGUCGGCAAAGAUGCUCGAAUUCAAGUGCAGAAAGUUGAUGAUCAAACGUACCGUCUGACAAUCCCAGCUGCUGCUCUCUCAGAUGCUGGCGAAUUCGAAGUUCAAGCUAUCAAUGCUGCAGGCAAGGCAGCUUCUACUGCCCGUGCCGAAGUCGAUCAGGCACCUAGGAUUGUUCAAGGACUCCUUCCAGGAGAUAUUCUUGAAGGAGAUGAACAUCUAUUCCGUGUUGAGGCUUCAGCCCCUAUUCGAACUGUAAAAUGGUUCAAAGAUGGCCAGGAAAUUACGGCACCGACUGGUGCUCGUUUUCGUCUUAAAGAUAUUUCGCCUAAAAAGUAUGAGCUUGAAUUAACUGAUGCAAAACUUGAGGAUGGUGCGACCUAUAAGGUUAUUCUAUCCAAUCGGGCUGGUCAAUGUGAAUCUCAAGCCGAUUUGAAAGUGCGCAAGCCUGUCCAAUUCAAAUUGCGUAAAGGCCUAAAUGAUGUUACCAUUAACGAGGGUGAACCUCUUGAACUUGUUGCCGAAUUGGAUGGACAGCCUGCAAGUGUUACAUGGUUGAAAAAUGGUGUGGAAGUAAAACCUGAUGGAGAAAGGCUAAAAAUUAUUUCCAACCCAGAAACUGGUAUUUAUUCAUUGCUCAUCCCUUCAGCAGCUACCUCAGAUGGAGGGGCUUAUCGUGUAGUUUUUGCAAACCCUGCUGGAGGAGAAGUUUCUUCUGGAUCUGUUGCUCAUGUUCGCUCGCGGAAACCAUCAAUAGAAACAAGUCCAGCAGUAUUCCUAUCUCCACUUUCGGACGUAGAAUUGCCAGAGGGGGAAGUUCUUACCUUAAAGUGCACUGUUGGAGGACAGCCAUUGCCUGAAGAGGUCAUAUGGUAUCGCAAAGCAGAGAGUGCCACUGCAGAAGAACAACUCCAACCAGAUGGUGAUCGUAUAGCCAUUCGUUUGGGCUUGGAUGGAAGUGCCAUGCUUCGUAUCCGAGAUGUAAAACGUUCUGAAGCUGGCCAAUUCCGAGCAGUCGCUAAAAAUGAAGCGGGACAGGCUGAAACAAGUUGCCAAGUUAAAGUAACAAUUGGUGGUGCCGAGAAAGGAGAAGCACCAAAAUUCAUUAUCCCAUUGAAAAAGACUGAAGGAGCUCCUGGUUCAAAUGUUGAAUUCCGUGUUAAAGUGCGAGGAGUGCCUUCCCCAACACUCGAAUGGACACUCAAUGGGAAACCAAUUAUUGGUGAACCACGUUUCAAACUUGAAGAUUUAUCUGAUGGAAAUUGGUCCUUAACCAUUGCUGAUAUACGUCAAGAAGAUUUUGGGACACUAAAGUGUGUUGCAAGUAAUCCACUUGGACAGGAUCAAUGUGAGGCACAGUUUGAGCCUUCUGAAAGGAAACCUUCAAUUGUUCCAUCUGAACCAAGUGGUUAUGCUCCUAAAUUUAAUGUACCUCUUUGGGACCGAAGAAUACCUGAAGGACAACCUUUAUCAAUUGAAUGUCAUGUAGAUGCGAAACCUGCAGCGGAUAUUGAAUGGUUUUACAAUGGUGAACCACUCAAGGACACUGGCGAUGGACGCAUUGAAAUUAGAAAUACGCCAGAUGGAGCCUGCCGGGUGCGCAUUAAAGAUUUUCGUGCUGACGCCGGAGCAGGUGAAUACCGCUGCCAGGCAACAAAUCCCUUCGGAGUUGCUGAUACCCGCGCAAACUACAACGUUGAACCAAUUGCAGAAAAAGAAGCACCUAAAGAAGAGCUUGCAAAAGCUCCAAGAUUCAAUCCCGGAUUGGAAGAUUGUGCCUUUGAGGAAGGCAAACAAAUUUUGCUUCGUUGCCGAGUAGAAGCUCAACCACCAGCAAGUAUUACGUUUUACAAGGAUGGUGUACCUAUUAGACCAGGUGACAGGAUUCGUAUAAAUUAUAAUGAAGAAAGUGGAGAGUGUUUGUUGACAAUUGAUGAUUGUUUAACUAACGAUGAAGGAGCUUAUCGCUGUGUUGCCCAAAACAUUCAUGGCAGCGCCAACACCGCAUGUCAAGUUGGAGUUAAAAAACGAGCUCCAUCUGUCACUGAGGAGGCUGCUGGUGAACCUCCUCAAUUUGUCCGUGGCCUUGUUGAUCAGUACAUUGACCGUGGUGACAAAAUGGUCUUCAGCUGUAUUUUGGGUGGUGGAACACCAGACGAAAUCAAAUGGUAUAGGGAUGGUAAACUACUUUCUCCUGCUGAAGGCCGAAUUGAGAUUGAACGUCUUCCAAAUGGAGAAUGCCGGCUUACUAUAAUUGAUUGCUCAAUUGCAGAUGAGGGUAUUUAUCGUUGUGAAGCGUCUAAUGCUUUUGGAACUGCUAAAACACAAGCUACUGGUCAUGUAGAUAUGAAACUAAAAGCAGAAAAGCCUCCACCAAGUGAAGAGGGAGAAGCACCACGCUUCAUUAUUCCCCUUUCUGAUUCUACCGUAUUUACUAGCUCUCCUAUUGAAUUAGAAUGUAAAGUAACUGGAAAACCAUUACCCACGGUAAAAUGGACAAAAGAUGGUCAUCCUUUGGCGGAAGAUGCCCGUUUCGAUUGGAGCGAGAGUCGGCCAGAUGAAGGUUUUUACCGAUUGCGAAUACGGGAUGCGACUGCCCACGAUGAAGGAACUUAUCGUUGUGUUGCUACAAAUGAGAGUGGGCAAGCAAGUACAAGGGCGACUGUACGGGUUGAAGAUGAGCUAGGGAAGGGAGCGCCUCCAACUGCUGAAGGAAAACCUCCAUUAAUCAGCGUACGCCUAGCAGAUCAGCGAGUAACAGAAGGGCAACCUCUAACACUCCAUUGCCGCGUUGAAGGUGAUCCAACACCCGAGUUGGUUUGGUACAAGGAUGGAGAACAGAUUCGACCCUCAGAACGAUGCCGUUUAGAACGUGACCCUAAAUCUGGAGACGGAAAACUAAUUAUUCCCUCAUGCACUAUUGAUGAUGACGGGGUUUACCGAGUGAUUGCUACAAAUCCUCAUGGUUCAGCUUAUGACAAGUGUACAGUAUCUGUUAAAAAAGCUGAAGAAGAACGUCCAAAAUUGGAAAAACCUGAGGGAGUUUCUGAUGAAUUCGAUGCAAAUAGAGCUCCAAAGCUACUUGAACCUUUACAAAAUGUUAAAGUAAUGGAAAAAGAGCCAAUAAAAAUGCGAUGCCGGUUCGGAUGGCGUAGUGGAGAUCCAAAGCCUACCAUUAAAUGGUAUAAAGAUGGAGAUCGUCUCUUUCCUUAUGACCACGUUGCCAUUCCAGAAAUUGAUGAUGAUGGAUGGUGUGAAUUGGAAAUCCCCGAAUCAAUGCGAUCUGAUUCUGGAAAUUAUCGUUGUAUAGCAGAGAAUCCUUUUGGUACUGCUCGAACUGUUGGAGAAGUUCAAGUAUCAAAAGAAGCUCGAAAACCAUUCGAAGAACGUUUGAAAGAUCAAUUAAAAGACAUUGGUCGUGCUCCAGGCUUUACUAUCCCCUUAACUAUGAAACGUGCAAAGCCUACAGAAACAGUUGUUUUCGAAUGCCUUCCUUAUGGACAGCCAUUCCCUGAUAUAAAAUGGCUCAAGGAUGGGAUUGAAAUUAAGCCUGGUGAAGGAAUUAGUAUUGAAGCAUUGCCAGAUGGAACACAAAGAUUAACACUUACAAAUGUAGACUUUCCCUCUGAAGGAUUCUAUCGAUGUGUGGCUAAUAAUGAAUAUGGCACAGCCAGCACUAAAGCAGAGCUUAAAAUGAUAGGUGAUCGUUUGCCUUCAAGAAAGGUAGAAGAAGAGGGCCCUCCAGCUGACCAGAAGCCGAGAAUUAGGCCUGGUCUGCAUAAUCAAAGCAUACAUCAAGGAAGCCCUCUCGAAUGGCAAGUUGCCGUUCUGGGAGUGCCUACGCCAAGUGUUGAAUGGCUUAAGGAUGGUAAACCUUUGGCAGAAGCUGCUGGCGCACCUGACUCGAGGAUAAGUAUUUUCCAAGAUGAGCGAGGCCUUCAUCAUUUGGUAAUUGUAAAUGUUCAACCAGACGAUGCCGGAGAUUAUUCAGUUGUUGCAAAAAAUCCACUUGGAGAGGUUGUCUCCACAGGCUCCUUAAGUGUCAUUCGACCUCGUGUUGUUGAAGGAGAAGAAGAGGAAGGACGUGGAGCUAUGCCAUUCCCACCUGGCUUUAUUAGACAACUCAAGAACAAACAUGUAUUCGUUAAAAUGCCUGCAAUAUUUGAUUGUCUUGUGGUUGGAUAUCCACCGCCGGAUGUUGAUUGGUAUCACAAUGGAAAAAAGAUAUGCCCCGGCCCUCGUCACAAGAUCCAGGUUGCUGGUGGUGGUUCGCAUGCCCUUCUAAUACAAGAUGUUUGUACUGAAGAUGCGGGUGAAUAUGUCGCUAUUGCGCGUAACUGUCAUGGACAGGCACAAAGUUCUGCCAUUUUGGAUGUAACAGUUCCAUUCAUGGACAAGAUUAAAUUUGACGGUUCUGAAGACGUUACACCAUAUUUAACGGAAGAAUACGGAUUCAGAAGGCAAAUGAAAUCAAUUCCAACACCCCCUGAUAGAGGGCCUUUCAUAAAAGAAGUUACUGGCCAUUAUUUAACCCUUUCCUGGAUUCCAACAAAGAGAAGUCCUCCAAGAUACCCUCAAGUUACAUAUGUUAUCGAAUUUCGUGAAUUGCCUGAUAAAGACUGGCAACUACUUGACUACAAUAUUCCAGAGCCUGUCUGCAAAGUUCGAAAUCUUGAACUGGGAAAAAGCUACCAGUUUCGUGUUCGUGCCGAGAAUAUUUAUGGAAUUAGCGAUCCAUCUCCCCCAUCACCCCCAUCGAGGCUAAUGGCAAGACCUCCACCAGUUUUAGACAAGUUCCGCCGAGUUAUACCUCUUCUUGACCCUUACAUGGAGCGAGCUUUAGAUCAAGCACAUGCUGAACAAUAUGCUUGCACUCCUUGGUUCGCGCCAGGCGUGAAAGAAAGACACUUCGUUGCAGAAACUGACCAUCUUUCAAUUACUUUACAUUAUGCAGGAUAUCCUGAUCCAAAAAUUACAUGGAAACAUAGAGGUUGGGAUAUUGAUGCCUCCGGGCCAACCUCAAACAUUCGUAUUUCCUCACAUGCUGGUGCUGAGACUACCAUCACAUUCCUAGGCUUUCAAAAGUCAAAUGCUGGGCAAUAUACCUGUGUGGCUGAGAACCAGUAUGGAAAAGCUGAACAAAAUUUACUUGUUGAUGUUGCUACCCGCCCAAAAUUCACUCAACCUUUAUCAAAUCGGGAUUACACUUCUGAUAAGCCAUUAAGGCUAAAUGUUCGUGUAGAAGGCAAUCCUGUGCCAGAGGUUAAAUGGCUUAAGGAUUGGCGGCCAGUUGCCGAAUCUUCACGCGUUCAUCUGAUUCAAGAAGAUUCGAAUUUGCGUACACUGCUUAUUGAUCAACCCAUUUGGAGCGAUUCCGGCAUUUAUACCUGUACUGCCUUCAACGACGCAGGUCAAGCAGUUACUUCUUGUACUAUUACUGUAGAAGUCGAAAAUGACUUUUUGAAAGAUUUCAAACUAAAAGACUUUCGAAAAUCUAUAAAAUUGGAGCGCGGACCUCUUCGAGAUAUUUAUGAUAUUCAAGAAGCUGUAGAAGAAGAAUAUUCUAUUGCAACAGAAUCUGUUAAAUAA